UAGAGUAUAUAUACUACUAAUCAUCAACUUUGUUAAGACAACUAAUCACAACGUUGUUCUUUCUGCUGUUUUUCCAAAGCCGUCAAACAUGGAACAUUUCAUGAAACUCUUUGAUUCUUUCUGGUUUGAGAUUAACAUUUUGAACAUAAACACAACUUCAUCAAUAACGUCAGCAAGUUCUGAAGAAAAUCUAAAAGAUUGUCAGAAAAAUGAAACAUCGUCGGCAGAAGAAGAACCAAAACUCACUCGGAUCCGAACUGUUCAUAACAGAUCCAUGAGUGACCAAUCUAUAACAAGCUUCAACCAUGAUUCUCUUUCUCCAGAUUCUGUUCUCAUUCCUUCAAAGCUUCAAACAAUUUUCUCAGGAAAAGAAGUAACAGACUCAGAAGACAAAAACCUAGUACCAACACAAACACAAACACAAACGUUGUUGUUGCCUAAAAAGAACAACAUCAACAAGGUUGCUAAGAAGAAAAGGGAAAGUAAGAGUUUAUCAGACCUUGAGUUUGAGGAGUUAAAAGGGUUCAUGGAUCUGGGUUUUGUUUUCUCGGAAGAAGAUAAAGAUUCAAACUUGGUUUCAAUUAUUCCUGGGUUACAAAGAUUUGGGAAGAAAGAUGAAGAACAAAAAGAGGAUGUUUAUGAGGAAACUGUGAUUCAAAGACCUUAUCUUUCUGAAGCUUGGGAAGUUCAUGAGAGGAAAAAAGAGAACCCUGUGAUGAAAUGGAAAGUUCCUGCUAUGAAGAAUGAAAUUGAUAUGAAAAAUAGUCUCAGAUUGUGGGCACAUAAUGUUGCUUCUACAGUGAGAUGAGAAAUGAGAUGAUGCUGUUGUUCAUAGUUCAUAAAAAAAAAAACUUCUUUAUUUCUUAAAUAUUCUUUUUGCUAAAUGAUAUCUUUGGAAUUGUUUGGUUUGUAGUUUUAGGAUAAUGCAACAUUUUUCUGUGGUUAUUUGUUGUCAAUUUUUUUCUGGAAUUUGGGAUUCCAGUGUAAUUUGUAAUUUUUGACAAAAUGGAAUGAAAUUUAAUUCAGUAUUUGAGAUC